ACAGCAGUUGCAUCGCUGUCCAUAACGGACGUUGAUAAAUAUAAAAAUUACGUGUACUGUGAAAUGUAAGACAAACAAUAAAAAUCAAUAACUCCAAUUCCAGGGACGUGACAGUAAUGAAGCAUUCAAGAAGACCGCCUGCAAUUGUAUCUCCGUUUAAUAGGCAAGUAACGUUAUGGAAUCACUGUAUGGCGACGAUCUAUGGUCUCCUAGCGCGGCCUAGGUGGCCGAGGACAGAACGCCACAGGAGGUGUCAAGGCCACAUUGAUUUUUUUCUAAUCAAGUGAAAGGUGUGGUACUUUACCCGUUGAAGAUGUCCCCAUGUAUGAAAUAAGUUUGUUGUUUGAUCCGACGGGUGUCAAAAAUGUCGGAGUUGAACGAGCUUCGCGGCCUUUCGAAAACAUAAACAUACCUACGGUGGCCUACCGCGGGCCACAAAAUCCGCGGUAAUUUAGAAAUGUAUCAGGUACGCGUCGCGGUAGUGGUUUCGGUUGUUAGAUUAGGUUAAGAAAUCCAAUGAUCAUUGACACCCUCACUCCCAAUUGAGCUAAUUCAAAAAAGAUGGGCAUGAUACCUUUGCAACAUUAGAAUAUUUUGGACCACUACCAAUUAUCGGUUCGGUGCUCGGUGCUCGUCGUAGUGCUACUAGGAGCUACCCUGGGUAGCAUUCUGUGGCAUCGCGUCGUCACCAGGAGUGUUCAGGAUCAAGCUACUCCUACGGGUUGGGACGUAUAUCGGUACCAAACUUCACGAUACAGGAGUCAAAGCCGGAACGUCCGCGUUGGAUUCGAUUAGGGAAAUAUCCACUCUCGCGUGAAACGUUUGCGUGGGCCUAAACGUAACAAUACGUGUACAUAUUUAUAAUGAGCAGCUGGACGGAAAGAAUGCAUCGGCGAGCAGCGACGUUGGGAAAUGUUGUGACAAGCUGCGGUCACCCAUCCUCAGUAACGCCAUAUCCCAGGCGGCUUGAAAAAGUGAAAUUUGGAGUACCCCUAGAUGAAGUCUGCAAAAAUGAUAUACCUGGUCCAUUAUUAGUUCUAAUUCUCAAAUUGAACAAAGAAGCGCCGUUGCGAAAGGAUGUGUUUCGAGCACCUGGACAUCAAGGAAACAUGAAGAAGCUCGUUCAUUUUUUGCAAACUGGUCGUUUGGUAAACAUGGAUAAUUUCAGUGUUUAUACGAUAGCUAGUGUUCUGAAAAAGUUUCUGCGCAAGAUACCUGGAGGAGUAUUUGGUAAAGAAGGUGAGCAGCAGUUAUUUUCGGUGAUACAAUUGGACAGCGUAGAGCAACAAAGGGACCAAAUCCACAAAUUAAUCACAUCUCUACCAACUUACACCCAACGUCUGCUUGUAUUACUAUUUGGUACGUUCAGAGUAGUAGCCGUUAAUAGUGAAAGAGCUCAAACGGGUAUGUCGAGUGAGGCGCUUGGGGUAUCUGUGGCUCCCUCCUUUUUCCAGAGUUGUGUUAGCGAUGGGAAAACAGCCAAGAUGGAGGAUGUACUCAGGUUUAAGGCGGAGGUCUCAGUUGCAACACGUAUAAUGAAGUUUAUGAUCGACAAUUUUGGAGUUUCAAAUCUGUUCGGGAGAGAAAACUACGAGUUCUACGCUCGAAUUACAGGAAGAAUUUUGAAAGUGGAGGAAGACUGGAUCUUCAGCUUUCGUUAUCCCCCUGACACCUUAGUUUCUAGACAAUUAUCACUAGAAGCAGAAAAAACAUGGCUACAAUAUGAAUGUGAAAGAUGGGGCCUCAAAUUUAAUUUAGAAUCAAUGUCCCACCAAGAAGAGUCACAAUCAACACCAGCUUUAAUUCAUGUGCCAGAAUCGUUGGAUCUCACUUCAUCCCUUGGAAUAAUACCUGAAAAUACUUUGCUCGAAAGUUACACAAGACUCUCAGUUAGUCUUGAAGAGAAUGGCUUAUUUCAGGCAUCGAGCAGAUCGUCGAGUAACGGUAGCCAUCACUCCAGGCACGCUGGUAUGACGUUGGAUGAGCUAAGGGCAGUCAAUCGGUACGCAGAGAGUACGAAGAGUCUCAGUUAUUUACCUCAGGUGCACGAACGGCAAACAGCAAGAAUGCGCACUAGAUCGGAAUGGUUUUUGACGCCAAUCGGCGAACGAAUCGCAACCACAGAUAGCGACCCCACAGCACUGCAUAUCUUGCGUGGGUCGAACAGAUCAUCUUCGGGUAAUAUUGCUACUGGGCUCAGUGCAAGUGCAGAAUCUGUUAAAAGACCAAGCCUUCGCAGAACGUCCUCCAGGGAAAAAUCACGGUUGCAUCGUAGCUCUUCACGUAGGAAUAAAGAGAAUGGAGCAAAAGUACGGGCUGUAGAAGCUACAAAAUCUCGUUCGUCGGAUGUUUCGAAAGCAAAGACUAUUAGGGUCUCAUUAGACCCGCCAGCAGAGAAGAUGUCAAAAAACAAUGAAGAAAUUUCAAAUGACAAAGACAGAUCUGUCGCACAAAGGAAUGAGAGCCCGAUAGGGCCACAAGAUUGCACUGAAAUGGAUGUACAAACUUUUCACGUGACAUUAACUUACAAACCGAGGAUAUAGGCAGCUAGUAGCAAAAUUGAUACUUAGGCUAAUGUAUACUUAUACAUUUUGGUAUACGUAUAGAAUUUUGGAUGGAAAGCUUGCACCCCCCUUUUUGUUCUAUGUUUUAUAUAACUAUUUCAGUGUGAAGUUUAAUUAAAUUGUGAGAUGAGGGGAUCGCACGUUUGACCUACAAUCAGUCUAGAUCGGCGUUAUUAAAGAGUAAAAGCUCUCGUCGACGCAAUCAAUGUAAGUUUUACCAUAACACCAUUUAAAAGGUAGUGUGUAAAGUUGUGCGUCAACACUAAGCUGUUCCCAAAAUCAUUUUUUAGUUUCUAACUGUUCCAAAACCGAAAUUACCAAUGCACCAUUCCACAUGCAUUUAGUACGUAAUUUAAUUGUUGCAUUGAUAUAAUUCAAGUAAUUUACUUUCGGUAAGCAGAAUUUGACCAAGCAAAAAGAAAACCCACACAGUAACAGUGAUUGUAAAUAGGUGCGGAUAAUGAAUUUUUUAUACAAGCAAGCGUGCAGCUCAAUUAAAAAGUAUCCCAAUGCCUAUGGCGAGUGAUAAUCUUUACGUUCUUAUUUAAAUGCUAACAUCAAUAAUAAAUUACGUGUUGGACAGCCACUACCGCGGAUUCUGUUUGAACCGUUUACAUCGGUGAAUGGCCAACAAAACAUAUCUACCGACAUAACAGGUAUUUAUCGAAUGUUAUGCGCAGCUAGACAAAAGUAUGGAAAAUUUACUUGUACUUUGUCGUCAAUAUUUUCUUUGGGUAGGAAGUUCACCACAACAAACUAUGAUAAUGUAUCAGGCUAUAUCAGUUUCAUUGAUACACAUACCAUUGACAGGUACCUACACUUCAAAAAAGCAACGACUAUACUUCACAUGAAAAUAAUAACUGCAUAUGUCUAUUCAUUAUACCCUGUUCCUUACUAUUGGACAGCCAUGGAUUUUUAUUUAGUUUGGUUCGUCCUUUUUUCCAUUCAGUAUGUAACAAUCGUAAUUACCAAAUCUGUCAAAGGAGGAGUAAGAAAUACCAUUAUAGUUUACAUGUAUAAUCAGAUGAAUUAUAUCUAUGUAUGUUUACUGUUUUGCUGUCACCAAAGAAUUAUUCGUUACAUUAUUUAUUCUUUCAAUAAUAUAAAGAAAUCUCACAGACUACUUUGAAUGGUAAAUUGUGGAAUUUAGAUUCAAACUUCCAAAAGUAAAUUAUUUCGUACAUAUCACUAGAUCCUAGAGUUUUAAAUGUAAAUUUUGUUACUAUGAUUUAUACAAACCUUCAGAGACGAUUAGGUUGCUUGAAAAGUUGUCUGCAAAUUUCAAUGCAACUUAUCAAAAUUGAUUCUUCAAAAAUAAACAAAAAAGACUAUAUUA